CAAGAGCACCUUAAAAGAGGAGCUCACUGAAGAACCAUUUCAUUUCUCUGUGCAGCUGCAGUAUUUGAGGUUUCAGGCAAGCUGGGCCCCAGCACAGAAAAUGGCACAGAAGACUGCGCUGAUUGUUUACGCCCAUCAGAGUCCCGCAUCAUUCAACGCAGCAGCGCGUGAUGCAGCGGUCGAGGCCCUGAAAGACCAAGGCUACAAAGUCUUAGUGUCAGAUCUCUAUGCUAUGAACUUCAAAGCCACAGCUACUGCAGAUGAUAUUAAAGGUGAUCUGAAGAACCCUGAGCACUUCCGUUACAAUGAAGAGACAAGUGUUGCUUGGCAAGAAGGCAGACUAAGCGAUGACAUCACAGAGGAACAGAAUAAGGUUAAACAGGCGGAGCUGGUCAUCUUUCAGUUCCCUCUCUACUGGUUCAGUAUGCCAGCCAUCAUGAAGGGCUGGAUAGACCGCGUCUUAACUCAUGGAUUUGCCUACACCCUACAGAGGAUGUAUGCGAAUGGCCUUUUAAAGGGGAAAAAGGCCAUGCUUUCAAUAACCACUGGAGGAAUGGAGUCCAUGUAUCUGCCUGAUGGUCUCAAUGGGGACAUCAAUGUUUCACUCUGGCCCAUACAGAGUGGUGUGCUGCAUUUCUGCGGGUUUGAGGUUCUUGCCCCACAGUUCUUCUGGUGUCCGGCACAUUGUCCGCCACCAGUAAGAACCGCCAUGUUAGACGGAUGGCGGGAGAGGGUGAGCGGUCUGAUGGCAGAAAAGCAUCUGUCCUUCGCUCCACUUGAAAAGUUUGACCUGAGUUUCCAAGGAGGUUUCAAGCUACGGUCUGAGGUGAAGGAGAAGUGUGAAUCUCUGUCUCACGGCCUCAGCACCGGACAUCAUCUGGGCAAACCGCUUCCUCCUGACAACCAGACUAAAGCCAAAUAAAUGUACCCAUAUAGUUCUGUACUGUAUAGUUACUAGUUCAUGGCAUAUUCAAUGGAGUUGUAACAGGGUGAGGAUGAUGAGGAUGAUGAAGAAGACUAUUAUAAAAUCAGUUAUAUAAACCAACAGCAAUAAUGAUAAGAUGAAUCAUUUUCACACUUUACUAUUCUUCAGUAUGUACCUGCAAAGCCUUAAGAACGUUUUAAUGAACUGUUAAUUUUGCCUUCUAACUACAUAUUAAAGAUUUGAUUUCAAUUUUAA